UGAAAUAAACAGACUCCGACCAACACCACGACACAACAAUCUUGAGCUUCACCGUUUCGCGCGCGUCAGUGCCAACGCUGACCAUGCCUUCAAGAAGAAGAGUAAGUUCUCAGUUCCGCAUCAAAAACACCUACCAAAUAUCGCCCCUUGGUUUCCGCGAAGAUAUAAGUCUAACCUUCAGUCCAGAGCAGCUCCUUUGCGGGUACCAAGCGGACCUACAGCAACCGCGAGUCCUGGCCGCUCCCAGAAAAGGCCCACGCAAGACCACCCCUCAGUCACCGAAACAGCACCACGAACUACUCAUCUAGAGAAGUUGUGAUAUCCCCCGGUCGCACCAGUAGAUUCGUCGAAGGCAGCAUGAACGAUCGAGCCAGCCAAGUCCCACCAAGUCCCUAUCUAGAUGGCGAGUACUAUUUAGAUGAACAAGGUGACCGCAAGAUCAUCACGCCGAGGAAGCUGAAACGAUAUGCCAGUAACAACGAGUACUCGAAUGGUUCUGCCAACGGUUCCCAAUAUGUCAAUGGCUCUGAGGGAGAUCGAUCCGAGUCUUCUCGUCAAUCGAGCAUCUUCAGAUUCGGCAAGGCGAUCGCGGCGAAUCUCAAUCCAAGCAACUGGAAGCUUUGGAGUAAGACUCAGCCACCUGUUGUCUACGAUGAGGAGGCGGAGCAACAGCGGAUUCUGGAUGAACGAGCGGUGAAGGCGAGGAGACUUUAUAAGGAGUUGAAGGAGUCGGGUCAUUUUCCUCUUACCAAUGCCACUUUAACCGCGUUCCAGGAUGAGGAGAACGAUAGGGGAAGACAACAUCUCAAGCAUGAUUCCGGGGUCGCUUUUCAGGGCAAGAGUAUGGUUGAUCCGUAUCAGCGGGAAUCUUCGGUGCCGAAUAGGAGAGGUCACUCACGUCGGAACUCAGUUGAGAUGUCAAUGUCAGUGGAGCAGAAGAGGCUGGGAAAAGUCUACCUUGAACCGAAUUACCCUGCCUUCAGUCGCGGACCGAGUCCAGCAAUUUCCAAUUUCUCCGAGUCUGGACAACGCAGUGCUUCUGUACAACGGUCUGUCUCUGGUCGUAGUACCACUUCUGUCGGCCGUGCUGCUUCAGCUCAGCUUACUCGUGGCGAACCUGUGAGACUUCACAGCGACAAGAAACGUGGAUUCAAGAGAGCUUCAUUCACUAACAUCAAGAAUGCUUUCAAGGGAGGAGACAGUAAUAACACUAGCUUGGUAGCAAGCGGUACUACUACAGCAAGAAGAAUGCCAUCUCAAGCAGAUCUUCAGAAGCAACAAAAGCUCGUCAAUCGUGUUAGCGAUCUUGAAGGAAAACUCGAAGCAGCACGUCGUCAAUUGAAUGAGUCUCUUGGCGAACCCCUUCCUCUUGCACCCCCAGUCCGAAGUGUUGGAAAGAAUAGUCGAUUCGUACCUGGUGCUCUUUCUACUCUUCCUUCAGAGCGACUUUUGGCUGGUUACGUCGAUCCUGAGCAAACUGACGAGAGUUUUUACAUUGGUAGAGCUCUCAGCGUCGACAGUGCACAACUAUCCCCCGCCUCACCUAACUCGGCAAAUUUUCCUUCUCAAGACUCCAUACUUCAAGACUCUCUUAUGCAAAGUGUUGAGAUCGAUGACACGCUUGGAAACUAUCCCGAAGCAGCAUCAACACCUAAACAAAGAAAGCCCUCUAACAUCAAGCUCAAGGACGAACCAACCCCAACCGCUCAGGCCCCAAAGAAGACAUCACCAAAGGGAAAGAAGGUUUCACCAAGGGCUCUUCGCAAGCGAAAGACUGCAUUCGUGGGUCAUGCUGAUGAUGGCGGUCUUUAUAAACCAGGAAAGGAGAGUUCGUCCGAGACGGGGUCUUCUGAAUUCUCAAAGCGUGGUGGUUUGAGGAAGAAAGCUGUAGCUGGCCCAGUCAAAAAAGGACUUCGACUGGCUACGCAAAAGCCUGCCGCUGCUAUCGAACCUGCUAAGAAAAAUGGUGUCAUUGGAAGUCGAGUCGUCAAGAAGAGAGGUGCUAGUGGUAGACAAUCUGUUUCUCCACCCCCUGACGUCCAAUCACCACCUGCAUCUCCAUCUCCAUCUCCACCCGCGGAAACUCAUUACAAGGACGCCAACCCUGCCAACAAAAAGUCGACUCUUAAUCUUGCUGAGCACGUUGAUGCAAAUGAGGAGGAAGGAGACGAUCAGAAUUGCACCGCCCAUGGAGAGGAUAAUGAGGAUGAUGAGGAUGUUCCACCUAUGCCUAAACUACCAUCAAGUAUUCGACUUGCGAAUGGCGAGGUGAUCCGUCCUACUCCCGCCGCGUAUCAAAAGAUUCAAAAGAAGGAGGGGGUUAUCAAGCAAGCUGAGAAGAAGCAGGGGCUCACGAGGGCUGCGGAGAGCUUUGAGUGGCCUGCUGAUGUUUUUUAAACGUUGGUAGGAAACUUGAGGGGUGUAUUUGUACAUUUGGAGUAUGGAUGGGGGUUGAGCGUGCAUACCUGCAUUUGGAGUUCUUUUGCUCUUUUUCCUCUUUUCUCUCACGCCUUUUUCAUUCAUUUGGAAGGGGUGUUGGGGCUGGACUUGGAGUGCAUAUGGAUGGAUGGAUACUUUCUUUCUUUGGUGGAGGCGUUCUUUCUUUUGUUCAUAUUUGACCCGCUGGCAUUGAAGUCAACCAGAUAAUAAGCAUGAUGGGAAGUGGUGAGAUUAGAGAUGAACA